AUGGUCGCCAUUAAGCAACUUUCCGCUAUUCCUAUCGUCUUGGCUCUGUCUAGUGCCGUUGUUGCUUCCGAUGUUUCAGGCGACAUUGUGGCCCGCGACGACAACGUCGACCUUGGGGUCCGCGUUAACGAUGGAGGCGACAUCGCCCCUGAGAUGGAAGCUCGCGGUGCUGGCGGGAGCAAACCCAAGACUGAGAAGCCCAAGCCCAAGAUUUCAAACCCAACUCUCAUCGGAGGCACUCACCCCGUGACGAUGCAAACUGGAGGUGGUAAGAGUAGCAGCAACCGCGCCUCUAAGGCUAGUUCGACCUCCAGUCACGGCGACCCCUUUUACCUUGAGAAGUACGUCAAGAAGGGUAAGAGGGGCGAGGAAAUCUACGAGCGUGACGAGGACGAUCUCUUUGAACGUGACGAGAAUGACGAGCUGCUCGAGCGCGAGUUCCAAGAUGACCUCUAUGAGCGUGAUUUUAUGGAUGACCUCUAUGAGCGCGAUUUCGAAGAUGAGCUGUUUGAGCGCGACUUCGACGACGAGCUGUUCGAGCGUGAGUUCGAGGAUGAACUCUACGCUCGCGGCGCUGGCAUGAGCAAACCCAAGACUGGGAAGCCCAAGCCCAAGAUUUCAAACCCAACUCUCAUCGGAGGCACUCACCCUGUGACGAUGCAAACUGGAGGUGGUAAGAGCAGCGGAAACCGCGCCUCCAAGGCCAGUUCCACUUCCAGCCACGGAGACCCCUUUUACCUCGAGAAGUAUGUCAAGAAGGGAAAGCGAGGUCUGCGUGCUCGCGGCGCUGGCGGCAGCAAGCCAAAGACCGAGAAGCCUAAGCCCAAGAUCUCCAAGCCUACUCUGAUUGGAGGUACUCAUCCUGUCACCAUGCAAACUGGAGGUGGAAAGAGCAGCGGAAGUCGGGCUUCAAAGGCCAGUUCAACCUCUAGCCACGGCGACCCCUUCUAUCUUGAGAAAUAUGUCAAGAAGGGAAAGCGAGGUCUGCGUGCUCGCGGCGCUGGCGGCAGCAAGCCAAAGACCGAGAAGCCUAAGCCCAAGAUCUCCAAGCCUACUCUGAUUGGAGGUACUCAUCCUGUUACUAUGCAAACUGGAGGUGGAAAGAGCAGCGGAAGUCGGGCUUCCAAAGCCAGCUCAACCUCCAGCCAUGGUGACCCCUUUUAUCUUGAGAAGUACGUCAAGAAGGGCAAGAGAUUCUACUAG